AUGAAAUUAGUCAAUUAUCCAGUGAGUGCUCGUCGAACGUUGAUCUAUGUCACAAUUGUAUCUAUUAUUAUGAUACUAUAUUUCUUAAUAAGGACAGGAAAUACUAGUAAACAAACUUCAUUUAUAUCAAAUAUUAUCAAUAGUCCGGAUUUUACAAUAUCAUCAAAAUCGUUAACAAAUGAAACUGAUAAAUAUAAUUUAUAUUUUACAAAUUCAACAUUAAUAUAUUCGAAUAAAACAUUAGAAACAAAAAUCCAAUGUAUAGGUCCAUCAUAUAAUCAAUCUUGUUUGUUUCAAAAUCUAUAUUAUGUUGAUAGUUGGCAUACAAUUUUAACAGUAAAAGGAAGUUAUCUACCUGAAUAUUCUACACGAACAAGUGCUUUCGAUAUGUGGGCUAUGAAACCAAAUAAACGUGAAUUUGAUUCAUAUAAUCAUCUUGAAAACUUUGUUCGAAAUAUUACUUAUUUAAGAAGAAUUCCAUAUGUUACUCUACAUUUUGGUCAACCAUGGCAUCAUAAUAUUGGUCAUGCACUUUUCGAUGGACUUUAUCCAGCUUAUGUUGCAUUAAUUCGAUUUUCACCUAGACAUCUUCAUCCAUUUCGUAUUCUUGCCGGUAUAGAUGAAUGUGACAGCUGUUGGAGUGAAGACAUUUAUGGUCGUUUUGGUGGUCUUGGAAUUAUUAAAACGUCUGUUUUAAAUAAACUUUCAAGAGGACGAUGGUUUGUAUUUGAUGAAGUUGUUAUGGGUAGUGGAACUUUUUGUCAACGUUGUACACAACCAAAUUACCAAUUACCUGGUGGUGUUGAAUUAAAUGCUUCAAGACUUUUUCGUGAUCGAAUGUAUCAACAACAUGGUUUUAUUCAUCCCGUUAUUCGACAAAAAACUUCAUCAGAAUAUCGAACAUCUCAUGAUGUUCUUCGAGCAUAUGUUAUCGAUAAUAUACGUUUUACAGAAAGUGAUCGAAAAGAAAUCAAUGCUGCAAUUCAUGAAAUAAACAAUUAUACUAAUUCUAAUAUAAAUAAAACUAAAGAUAAUACAAAUAAAUUAGAGUGGCCAUUAAUUAAUGUCACAUAUCUUAAUUAUAAACAAGUUAAGGCACAAAAUAUGAGUUCAAUUCAAAUCAAUGCAACGCCAUUUGAUUCUCGAUCUCCAACUUAUGAAUUAAUUGAGAAUAAUUUUAUUGCUCAACUGAAAGUUAUACGUGAAAUGGAUAUUCAUAUCACUGGACCAGGUACUGGUCAAAUGUAUCAAACAUUUUUGUCUGAUGGAUCAGUUUCAAUUAAUCUUGGAGGCAUAAGACCAUGGGCAUCAGAAAAUACGCCAAGAGCAUAUAGUUCAUAUCUUGAACAAUAUAUGACAAGUGGUGCACCGUAUAUUAAAGGUCUUUAUUAUCCAAUCAAUGAACGAGCCAAAGGUAUAAAAAAAGAUGAAGUUAUAAAAUUAAUUCGACAAGCAGGUCAACUUAUUUUACAAGGAUUUUCAUUACCAGUUGAACCUCGAGAAAAUUUAGCACCUGAUGGACAAUUAUUUGUUGAAAUGUGUGAAAAAGACAAAGAAUUUUGUUCUUUAGUAACUAAAAGAUCACCUGAUAAACCAUUUCGAUGUUUAGAAAUGUGGAUAGAAGAUGUGAUACAUGAACAUAAUGAAUGGAAAGAUGGUGGUUAUAUUGAUAAUGGUAGAAAUUUUACUUGUCCUUUUAAUCGUCCAUUAAUGAGACAAUUAAGAGAAAAAUAUGGCAUCAAGCAUAAUUUAGGAAAUUCUUCAAAACCAUCAAAAAUAUAA